GUGAAGUUUGAAAUUGGGUGAAGAGAGGUGAAUUAUCCAUCCAAAUAUUCCGUUCCAUCGUUGUGGCUGUGGCGCGCUUCCGCUUCCAUGGCCACUACAUUCCUCAGCUGCGGCUCGCUUCUACGUCACUACUCUUAUUUCUGCAAAUCCCUCUUCUUUUGCUGCUCCAACGAUGCCGAUGUUUCAUCUACGUCGUCAUUACCGAAAUCUACUGCCUCUUACAGUCGUCGAUGGUACAACUCCUCCACCAGAACACAGAUUAACGAAGGAGUUGAAAUUGUACGCCAUUGGAUUGAGGUCGAUCAACCUUCCGCUUCUGAAGAAAAAUUAAGUGUAGUUUCAUACAACAUAUUGGCGGAAAGGAAUGCAUGGAAACACAGAGGUCUAUAUUCCAAUGUUCCUUCAUCAUAUCUGAAAUGGAAUUACCGAAAGAGAGUUAUAUGCGAGGAACUUCUUAUGUGGAACCCCGAUAUAAUCUGCUUGCAGAUUAUGGACAAGUAUUUUGAUGUUUCAGUAAUCAUGGAGAAAGCCGGUUACAUUGGGUCAUACACGAGACGCACUGGAGAUGCUAUUGACGGUUGUGCUAUAUUCUGGAAAGCUGACAAGUUUCGACUAAUAGAUGAAGAAAGCAUCAAAUUCAAGAGGUUCAAUCUUCGUGACAAUGUUGCUCAACUUUCUGUGCUAGAGAUGUCCAAAGCUAAAUCAAGAAAAUUACUGAUUGGUAACAUCCAUGUUCUUUACAACCCAAGCAGGGGGGAUGUCAAAUUAGGUCAAAUUCGUUAUCUCUUAUCGAGGGCAGAGAUUCUUUCACAGAAAUGGAGUAAUCUUCCUUUUGUUCUUGCCGGGGAUUUCAAUAGUACUCCUGAGAGUGCAAUAUACAAGUUCUUAUCAUCAUCCGAGCUAAGUAUCAUGUCCUAUGACCGAAGAGAAUUGUCUGGGCAAUCUGGCUGCCAUCCUGCUGAAGUACUGGGUGUCAAAAAGGAAUCUUGGAGACCUUUUUACUGCUGGGGAAGACAAACAAAAAGUUCCUGGAGUGAUGAAGAGAUCAAAGCUGCUACCGGCAGUGCUGACUGCCAAGUAGUGGGGAAUCCCUUUAGGCUUACCAGCUCAUAUGCCACACUAAAGGGUCCUUCAAAUACACGAGGAUCCAGUGGUGAACCAUUGGCUACUUCCUACCACGAGAAGUUUCUUGGAACUGUGGAUUAUAUUUGGUACUCUGACGGUCUUGUUCCUACAAGAGUUGUUGAUACUGUUCCCAUUGAUAUUCUUCUGAGAACAGGUGGCCUUCCAUGCGAGAAGGUGGGCAGCGAUCAUUUGGCCUUGGUUUCUGAAAUUGCCUUCACAACAACAUCAGAAGAAAGCAAAUAGGCAAUGGCUGCAUAUAGUUGGUGUUAUGGUUUCAAACUUUAAGCCAUAGCUAUCGAAGUAAGUCAAAGUGCAACAGUUUGCCGACUACCUUAAUAGUUAAUACAUGUAUUGAACUCUGCUGAAAUUAAAGAUUAUUUGUAAUUAGACAGAGAAUUCGAAAUCCAUAUGAGGUAUUCUUUGUAAAUUUGGAAAUAAUUCCUCAGAAGAAUUAGGUAUGUGUUGAAUUGGUAUUAGAUAAUUAGAGAGUAGGAGAUCGAACCAUCGACUUUUGUGAUAGUAAUAAGUUUCUUAUAGAUUGAGUUAUACUUGUCA